AGGAAGUGACUGAGAGAAGAGAAGGGAAGGGAAGAGAAGAGAGAGCGAUGUCGGAUCCAUACGAGCGAGUGAAAGGAGGAAGAUUAGCAUUCAAAGGUGGAACCCUCGCCACUCGCUCCAAAUCCAUUGACAAGAAGAAGAAGAAAAAGAAGAACAAGGACAAGGACAAUGACGACAACCCUAACAUUGAAGACCAAGAACAAACCCUCGAAGAACAAGGUCAGGGUGAGGGCCAGGGCCAGGGCCAGGGCCAGGGAUCAGAAUACACGAUCGACGCGGCGAAGCGAAUGAAGUACGAACAACUGUUCCCAGUUGAAGCCAGGAAGUUCGGUUACGAACCCAAAAUCAAUUUCAAGUCCGUUGAGGAUGCCCUUGAUGAUCGUGUCAAGAAGAAGGCUGAUCGUUAUUGUAAAUGAAAUGAAGCCCUAAAUUUGGUAGUACACUUAGUGGUGCCAUGCAGCCAUUCCUGAUUUCCUACUCUUGUAAUGUUAUACACUGUUUCACAUCUUUUAAUAUCUUGAAUGAAUCAAUAGUAUGCUUCAGAAGAAUCAUGUUUAGUUCAUCUCUCUGUCUCAGUUGCAGUGAUAGUGAUUAAUCAAUC